AUGGAAGGACGAAAGAAAUUCUACAUUGCUUUUAGUGUCGAAGCUGCUGUAGCUAUGGUAACGAUUUUUAGUCUCAUGUCAAUUUAUAAGGUUGAUUCAUCAACACCCACUGUUAUUGAAGAAAAACGUGUACACAAUCUUUUUGUUCAGAAUAAACUUUCAUUGGUAACAGUUAGUCUUGCAAAGGUUGAUGAAUUUUCAUUCAAUGAUGGGAAAAAAGGUGUUAAAAUGAUGAUGUCACACCCAAUAGUCGACACAAAUAAUUAUGCUGUCUUGAUCAAUGGACAAUCAAUAAUAAAUACGUCUUCUACAAAAGAUUCUAUAAUAGUGAAUGGAACAUUCAAUACUUCCACAUUUUUCAGUUUAUUUGCUUUGGACACAUAUGGUUUACCCAUUUUCACGUCAUUUCAUUUUUAUUUUGGAUUGAUUACGGUACCAGUUCACAUUAUGUUCACUAAUAAAACUGCUGCUGUUGGUGUCAUGGUAAAUCUGAAUUUGGCGGAUAAUCCUCGUGUUGGACAAACUGGCAUAACGGAUGAUCAUGGUAUGAUCACCUUCAAAAAUGUACCACAGAUGACCGUCUCUAUUUUUGCUUCUACAAAAGAUAAUCAAAUUGCUUUCGGUAGUAUCAUACCCUCGACCUUCCAAAUAAAUCUUACUUUAAUUCCAUUCCAUAAUGACAAACACACCAACGAAUUGGAAAACCUGCAACAUCUCGCAGUGACAACUUCAGGACAGACUAUCUCGAGAACAUUUAUGACCAAGCCAAAUGCAAAUAAAGCCUUUGUAGAAUAUCAGUUUGUUACUUCAAAAAUAUCAGAAGAUUUUUCUGAUUCCGACUAUAACGAUUAUUUUAGUGUAACAUUACGCUCAGACAAAGGUCAAUACAUAACUAAUAUAGAUAGUGUGAAGAGACUGCUGGGUCUUAACACUUUCGACUCGGCCACUAAUGCAACAAGUUGGAAUAAUCUGACAUUAAAAAUAGACGCUGCUUCAGAACGAAUCCGCUUCGAUGUGGGUAAAGUCAAUGUUGGUAAUGGACGUUAUUCGUCUUCAAUCAAUAUUCGUGCUUACGGAUCGGAUCAAUGUAUUGAUUGUGACAAAAAUUGUGUAAAAUGUACAUCAGAUCCUAUGUGCCGCAAUACAUGCAUGAAUCCACCGAUGCAAAGUUGUACAUUCUAUUCAGAUUGUAUGGAAGCGAAAGUGGCAUGUGGUCCAAGUGGAUACGCAUUAGGUUACGGUAUGAAAUAUUGUAUGAAAUUUUCCAAUACCUUACAAUCAUUUAGUCCACGAGGUCAAAGAUGGAUAUGGGAUACGAUGAACUGUUUGCAAAAGACUCUGGUAUCACCAUUGAAAAAUUGUGAAAACAAUUGUUCGAUAUUACGAAAAACUGCGUUCGAUUCUCAUCCUGGUUGUUACGUAAAGAGUGGCGUUUGUGAACUACCUGCAUUCGAUUGGAUCACUAUUGCUUCUAUUGUCGGUAAAGAUAUAUUUAGCUCCGACGGCUUUAUUCAAGCAUUGAAAACAGUACCACAGUGUAUUCCUGAUAUUCUAGAACGAAUUUCCUUACUUUUAGUGGAAGAAACAUUGCCAUAUCCAGAGAGAAUUGCUCUAAUGGUUUUGGAAGCUUGGUUGCGAUCACUCUAA